UAAAACAAGAUUGGAAGUCACGAGAAUCAAUGUGGAAGAGUAUGGAUUUCUAAAGAGUCAAUUAUCCUAGUGGCUGAAUGUUUGUCAUAGCAGCUCUUCAGGACAGACAAUGCGAUACUCUAACUACAGAGACAGUGAUUAAUCUAAUACUGCAGCCAUGGGAGACAACUCAAGCUUUUGGGACAGCUUGAUAACUGUACACCCAAUCUGCAUGAACUGGAAGUCAGAAACAGAAGGAUCAAUCUAUCAUUUAGCUAGCAUUUUGUCUGUGGUCGGCUUUAUGGGUGGAAGUGGCUUUUUUGGCCUGCUUUAUAUUUUCUUUCUGCUGGGGCUGGGUUUUCUCUGCUCAUCGGUGUGGUCAUGGCUGGAUGUCUGUGCAGCUGACAUUUUCUCAUGGAAUUUUAUCCUGUUUGUGAUCUGCUUCAUACAGUUUAUUUAUGUAACCUACCAAGUACGGAGUGUGGCUUUUGACAAAGAAUUUCAGGAGCUUUACAGUGCUUUGUUCCAGCCCCUGGGGAUCUCCUUGACCGUUUUUAGAAAAAUUGUCCUCUGCUGUGAUGGAGAAGUUAUUACAUUAGAGAAGGAACAUUGUUAUGCCAUGCAAGGCAAAACUCCAAUUGACAAGCUCUCCUUACUUUUAUCAGGAAGAGUUAGAGUGACGGUGGAUGGGGAAUUUCUGCAUUAUAUUUUCCCUCUUCAGUUUCUGGAUUCACCUGAAUGGGAUUCACUAAGACCCACAGAAGAUGGCAUUUUUCAGGUGACCCUUACUGCCGAAACAGACUGUCAUUAUGUGGCCUGGAGGAGAAAAAAAUUGUAUUUACUCUUUGCAAAACACCGAUUCAUCUCACGUCUGUUUUCAGUCCUGAUUGGAAAUGAUAUUGCUGAUAAACUGUAUGCAUUGAAUGACAGAGUGAGCCUAGGGAAAGGAUUUCGAUACGAUAUUCGGCUACCAAAUUUCUUUCAUGUGUCAGUACCUAAUACACCAAAAAACACCCCGCAGACCACUUUCAGAACAAUUCAAGACAACAACAUUAAAAACAAUGUACCUCUUACUACAAAAUGACAGAAUUUUGCCUUGUUGCUGCCAGGAUUAAAUGGUGAAACAUACUGUGGUGGUGUCAUGUGAAGAUUCUCAUAAAGGCAACUUUAAAAAUAAAAAUUAUUUUUCUGUC